AUGACCGCCCGUACAGGCCAGUGCCUCUGCACCCGAAUCACAUACUCCCUCUCCUCCGCCGCAAAACCGUUCUACAAUACAGUCUGCCACUGUCUCAACUGCCAGAAAUGGACCGGCACAGCCUUCUACACCGCGAUCAUCUGUCCCAAAGAGGUAUUCCCUCCUUCCUUCCUGCUCCCUCCUGCAUGCCAUGCACACCUCUCGCAUCUCCGCCCCCAACGCAUGCAAUCAAUCCUGUCGUGCCACCCACAUCGACGCGGGGACUGUCUGUCUGACGGCCGCAAUGACAGGGCUUCCAACUCCUCUCCGGCGCUGAGUACCAGAAGACCUAUCAAGAUACCGCCACCGAUUCAGGCUCCAGUCUACGCCGCAUCUUCUGCUCCGAAUGCGGCACCAACCUGUUCGCUCUGACCCCCCUGUGGGACGGCAUCAUCAGUGUCGCCGCUGGCACCCUCGAUGAUUUUCAUUCCUGGAAGCCGGAUACCGAACAGUGGUGUAUCCAUCGGGCUGAUUGGCUGGCCAAGGUCCAGGCCGUCGAUGAGCAGAGGACGUUUGACAAGGCCGUUACGAGGUCGUAG